GCGACUGAUUCCGGGCUGACUGUGCUCGUCUGUUAUGGCUCCUCCUGCCACAGUGGUUAGGCCGAGACGUUUCACCAGCGCAGGGGACCGGGAAUAACCCGAUCACCGUGCGAUUUUCCGGAGCCCACCGCGGAAGAUGACAGAUUUCAGAAUGCUCCUGGAAAAGGCAUAGGCGCUGCGUUCGACGUCGCCUCUUCUGCUGUGAAGGCUUCGACAUUUCUUCCCGAUUAACAACACCGCAAAUGAACUCCGUCAGAGCAAGCAACGUUAGCAGAAGACCAAGGCGAGUGUCGAGGCCGCGCCCGGUGCAGCCGGGGAGGAACCACCAGGAAAGAGAUGAGGACGUUCCUGCAGAUAUGGUUGCAGAAGAAUCUGGUCCAGGAGCUCAGAAUAGUCCAUACCAACUUAGAAGAAAGUCUCUCCCCAAGAGAACAGUGUGUCCGACAAAGACAAACAUGGAGGGUGCUUCCACUUCAACCACAGAAAACUUUGGACACCGACCAAAGCGACCUAGAGUUUCAGGCAAAUGUCAAGAUAUACCAUCAGCUCCAGCAGAGCAGUAUUUGCAGGAAAAGCUUCCAGACGAGGUGGUGCUGAAGAUCUUCUCAUAUCUACUGGAGCAGGACUUGUGCCGCUCCGCAUGCGUGUGCAAGCGCUUCAGUGAGCUUGCAAAUGACCCAAUCCUCUGGAAAAGACUGUACAUGGAUGUUUUUGAGUAUACGCGACCCAUGAUGCACCCAGAGGCAGGGAAGUUCUACCAAAUAAACCCAGAAGAAUAUGAGCAGCCAAAUCCAUGGAAGGAAAGUUUUCAGCAGUUGUAUAAAGGUGCUCAUGUUAAGCCGGGUUUUGCAGAACACUUCUACAGCAAUCCUGCGAGGUACAAAGGGAGAGAUAACAUGUUUUACUAUGACACCAUAGAGGAUGCCCUCGGAGGGGGCCAGGAGCCUCACUUUGAUGGCCUCAUAUUUGUUCACGCUGGUAUUUACACAGAUGAAUGGAUCUACAUUGAGUCACCAAUCACAAUGAUCGGCGCUGCUCCUGGAAAAGUGGCAGAGAAAGUCAUCAUUGAAAACACCAGAGAUUCCACAUUUGUGUUCAUGGAAGGCUCAGAAGAUGCCUAUGUUGGAUACAUGACCAUAAGGUUUAAUCCUGAUGAUAAAUCCGCCCAGCAUCAUAAUGCACACCAUUGCUUGGAGAUUACUGUCAACUGCAGCCCAAUUAUUGACCACUGCAUCAUACGUAGCACUUGCACGGUGGGAUCGGCUGUGUGCGUUAGUGGUCAGGGUGCUUGUCCCACAAUCAAGCACUGCAACAUCAGUGACUGUGAAAACGUCGGGCUAUAUAUCACCGACCAUGCACAGGGAAUAUACGAGGACAAUGAGAUCUCAAACAAUGCUCUAGCUGGUAUCUGGGUGAAAAACCACGGUAACCCAAUCAUCCGACGGAAUCACAUUCACCACGGCAGAGAUGUUGGUGUUUUUACAUUCGACCACGGAAUGGGUUACUUCGAGAGCUGCAACAUCCAUAGGAACCGUAUCGCCGGGUUUGAGGUGAAGGCGUAUGCCAACCCAACAGUAGUCCGCUGUGAGAUCCAUCAUGGGCAAACAGGAGGCAUCUACGUGCAUGAAAAGGGCCGGGGACAAUUCAUUGAAAAUAAGAUCUAUGCAAAUAACUUUGCUGGUGUGUGGAUCACCUCUAACAGUGACCCCACAAUACGGGGAAAUGCUAUAUUUAAUGGCAACCAAGGUGGAGUUUAUAUUUUUGGUGAUGGCCGAGGUCUCAUUGAAGGAAAUGACAUCUAUGGCAAUGCCUUGGCUGGGAUACAGAUCAGGACAAAUAGCUGCCCUAUUGUCAGGCACAACAAGAUCCACGACGGCCAACAUGGUGGCAUUUAUGUGCACGAGAAAGGACAAGGUGUCAUCGAGGAGAACGAGGUGUACAGCAACACGCUGGCUGGAGUGUGGGUCACAACAGGCAGCACACCGGUACUGCGUAGGAACAGGAUACACAGCGGCAAGCAGGUUGGGGUCUACUUCUAUGACAAUGGUCAUGGUGUUUUAGAAGACAAUGACAUUUACAAUCACAUGUAUUCUGGAGUUCAAAUAAGAACUGGCAGCAAUCCCAAAAUCAGGCGCAACAAGAUAUGGGGAGGUCAGAAUGGUGGCAUUUUGGUUUACAACUCGGGCCUGGGCUUUAUCGAGGACAAUGAGAUCUUUGACAAUGCAAUGGCAGGAGUCUGGAUUAAGACGGACAGCAACCCCACCUUGCGAAGGAAUAAAAUACAUGAUGGGAGAGAUGGUGGAAUCUGCAUUUUUAAUGGAGGAAGAGGCUUGCUUGAGGAAAAUGACAUCUUCAGAAAUGCCCAAGCAGGUGUCCUCAUCAGCACCAACAGUCACCCCGUCUUGAGGAAAAAUAGAAUAUUUGAUGGCUUUGCUGCAGGUAUUGAGAUCACCAAUCAUGCCACAGCGACUUUGGAGGGCAAUCAGAUUUUCAACAAUCGCUUCGGAGGGCUUUUUCUUGCAUCUGGUGUCAACGUUACAAUGAAAGAUAACAAAAUAAUGAACAAUCAGGAUGCCAUUGAAAAGGCUGUGAGCAGAGGUCAGUGCCUGUACAAGAUUUCAAGUUACACCAGCUAUCCAAUGCACGAUUUUUACAGGUGCCACACCUGUAACACAACAGACCGCAACGCCAUCUGUGUGAACUGCAUCAAGAAGUGCCACCAGGGACAUGAUGUGGAGUUCAUCAGACACGAUAGGUUCUUCUGUGACUGUGGCGCAGGGACGCUGUCAAAUCCUUGCACAUUAGCUGGAGAGCCGACGCACGACACAGACACCCUCUAUGACUCGGCGCCUCCUAUAGAGUCCAAUACGCUGCAGCACAACUAAGCCCCAGACCGCAAGUCCAGUUGCGCCGUAAUGGAUGCUUAGGAAUACAGUGGAGGAAGAGGAAUCCCCAAUUUAAUUACAGACUCUCACAGAGCAUUUAGAAUGGAGAGGGAAAAAAAGGACUGGGACACAAGAUGCCAAGCCUUUCUGUCCAUUAUUUUAAAGAACAAGGUGACAUCAAUGGAAAAAGCUGUGGAGAAGGAGGCUUGUGGGCAUGUCAGGUUGCUGGAUGAGUGACAUUGACAACUGGCAAAGUGGAUAUACACAUUGGGGAAAAUAUAAUGCAGUCAUGUGCAGUCGUGUUCAAAAUAAUAGCAGUCCAAUGUGACUAACCUGAUGAAUCAACACCUUCAAAAUAUUUUUUUAUUGCUACAUGUCAAACAAGUUCACAGUAGGUGCAGUAGAUUUUCAGUAGACCAACAAGAACUAGCAGUCAUGAAAUGCACACUUUUAAAGCGGUACAAUUGGGUAAUUUGUUGAAAGGGGUGUGCUCAAAAAACAGCAGUGUGGCAUUCAAUCAAUUUUGUGAAAAACAGGAGAGAAUCAGGUGGCCCCUAUUUCAGGACGACGCCAGCACCUGUUCUACAUGCAUUUCUCCCUGAAAGCCUGAGGAAAAUGGGUCGUUCAACACAUUGGAGUGUGUGCGUGUGUAUAUCAUCAAUGCUGGGUUUUGUUGGUUUUCUGAGAAUCUACUCCACCUACUGGUAACUUGUUUGGUAUGUAGUAAUAAAAAAUAUACGGAAAAUGUGUAUUAAUCUGGUUAGUCACAUUGGACUGUUAUUAUUUUGAACACCAUUGUACACACGUGGCAGAGACACUGCAUUCUGGUGGUUAAAGGCCACAAUGCUUCCAUCGCUGGGUGACCGAGCGCUCAUACGAUAUGAGAAUAUCUGAACUAGCACUUCUGCACCCCAACGCCCAACUCAACUGUUCAUUUGAAUUUAAUGCUUUUUGUGCAGUUUUGUAUUUUCAUGCAAAAAAAAAAAAAAUCGUACUGUACUUGAAUGUCUUUAUUUUAUUAAAUGUUUUUUUUAAUUAUACCCCAGAAUUGCUGUAAUUAUACUCAAGUCACAGUAUCUAACUUCUUUCUGUGAAAGAGAUCUGAGAAAUGAAAGGGAAACACUAAGCAGUUUCUCCUGCAACACCGGCUUAUUUGCAACACUCAGACUGAAAUGUACUUUCACAAGACUUGUAUGACUUCAUAUCAUAAAUGCAUGCCUUUCUUCCUCCCACUGAAAUGUUCCAGUGUCUAUAUUUGUAGUACUAACUAGAUAAAGCCACAAUGUCUGCACUCUUCUUUUUACCGAUACAUGGCUGUUGAAUUUGUCAACUGUUGCAAUGAAUCUAGUGUUCUUUACAUGACCAAAAUUCCAUUUAACUCCACUUUGUAGUCUAGCUGCAUCAUUGUUUCGACUUGAUCGGGUCCCAGGUCUUGUGAAAUUCUUUUCAGUUACCCCCUCCACCCCCCACCCCCCUUAUUGAUUUGCCAAUGUUGCAGGAAAACCCAAUAGGAUUUUACUCCAUAGAAGCUGAGACCAGUAUCUACGUACAACAGCACUAUAUAUUUUCAUUAUCCCUCCCCAAUUCAUGUGUACUGGUGAUUGUGGGUUCUAAUUCAGACUGAAAUGUAUGCAUGUAUCAUAACAUCUAGACCUAAUAUAUUGUGAAGUAUUCAAUAACAGUUAUGUAGGCGCUAGCUUGAAUUAAAAAGGGUUUAAUUUCCUAGGUGAACAUUGUCUUUUUUUUUAAAAAAUAAACUUUAUUAGAUCAUG